CGGGCGGUUAGGGGUUGGGGUGUGGGUUCCGAGCAGGAGGCGGGGAUGGGGGGGCUGCGGCUUCUGGCAGUGGCCCUCACCUGCUGCUGGUGGCCACCAGGCAGCCAGGGUAAGACGCUGCGGGGCAGCUUCAGUAGCGCCACGGCCCGAGACGCUCAGGGCCAAAGCAUCGGCCACUUCGAGUUCCACGGUGACCAUGCUCUUUUGUGUGUCAGAAUCAACAACAUAGCAGUAGCUGUUGGAAAGGAAGCUAAACUCUACCUGUUCCAAGCCCAGGAAUGGCGAAAGCUGCAGGAAGGUGGUCCUGAGUAUAGCUGCAGUGAAAAAUUAUCCAAAGCUCAGUUGACAAUGGCCAUGAAUCAGACGGAACAUAACUUAACAGUGUCCCAGACUCCUCACCCUCAGAAGUGGCACGUGUUCUACGCAGACAAGUACACGUGCAGAGAGGGCGGGGAGGAGUCUCAGGGGGAAGACAUCCCAUUUGAAAUGAUGUUACUGAAUCCGGAUGCUGAAGGGAACCCAUUUGAUCAUUUCAGUGCUGGAGAAUCUGGGUUACAUGAGUUCUUUUUCCUCCUGGUCCUAGUCUACUUUGUGAUCGCUUGCAUUUAUGCGCAGUCGUUGUGGCAGGCUAUUAAGAAAGGCGGACCCAUGCACAUGGUUUUAAAGGUUCUGACAACUGCAUUGCUGUUACAAGCUGGUUCGGCUUUCGCUAAUUACAUUCAUUUCUCCAGUUACUCCAAAGAUGGAAUAGGGGUACCUUUUAUGGGAAGUUUGGCAGAAUUUUUUGACAUCGCUUCCCAAAUUCAAAUGCUAUACCUACUUCUGAGUCUGUGCAUGGGUUGGACAAUAGUCAGAAUGAAGAAGUCUCAGAGCAGACCUCUCCAGUGGGACUCUACUCCUGCAUCCACUGGUAUUGCUGUAUUCAUGGUCAUAACACAGAGUAUUUUGCUACUUUGGGAACAGUUUGAAGAAACCAGUUCUCACAACCACCAUUCGCACCACAGCUUAGCAGGAAUCCUUCUUAUCGUUUUAAGAAUUUGCCUAGCGUUGUCCUUAGGCUGCGGGCUCUACCAGAUCAUCACAGUGGAGAGGAGUACACUCAAAAGGGAGUUCUACAUCACCUUUGCCAAAGGCUGCAUCUUGUGGUUUUUGUGCCAUCCAGGUCUUGCAUGCAUUUCUAUCAUUUUUGAUGACUACCAAAGAGAUAAGGUCAUUACAAUAGGUGUUAUCCUUUGCCAGUCUGUUGCCAUGGUCAUUCUCUACAGACUCUUUCUAUCCCACAGCCUGUACUGGGAAGUUUCUUCACUUUCCUCAGUAACACUACCACUGACCAUAUCAUCUGGACACAAAACUCGGUCUCACUUCUGAUACUUGCUUUUCUCUAAAGGAAAGUGAAUUGAUUCACCAGAGUGCAAUAAGGAUCCAAAUACAGUGACUUUUUUUUUCAUACUUGUGGUAUGAAAAACUGAACAGAGAAAGCAGAGCAUGUUAUAUAUAUAACUGCAUUUAAGCAGUACCAAACUGAAAACUGAAAAAAAGGUAAUAAAUGUUUUGAAAUAUACUUAAUAAACUUUCAAGAAAGAGCGUUGUUAUAAGGUGAUUUAUGCAAUUUCUAUAUGGAAAUAAAGAUGAAAAGAAUUAUAUGAUAUUUUUAUAAGAGACUCAUCACUUACAAUGCCUCAUCCUACAUCAGUAGUUAACUCAGGUUUGAUAGUCCAAAAAAAGUGAUCAGUUAAAUGAUUACUUACUUAUAUGAAUCUAAAAUAAGUCCAGUUAUGAAAUCAGUGUAAUACACUGGUUAAAAACUGCUUCUUUUUAUGCUUUAAGGAAACUGCAUUUCAUAUUGGAGUUUAAAGAUAUUGAAAAUUAAGUUACUUCAGAAAACUAAUAUAAAAUAUAUUUGUAGUUAAGUGAAUAAGCUUUUGUUUAUUUUUGGAUGGGGUUAUUCUGCAUUUUCUUCUAUUAUUUUGGCUCUAGUUAGGAUUUAGCUUGAUUAGCAAAGGGUUUUUGACAGAUAAUUUAUGAAAAACUUAGAUAAAUUGCAGCGGUUGUACAAAGGAUUUUAAAAUCUGAGCACUUAGGUGAAGGGACAAGCAGGUUAACAUGUUUAAAAAGAAAGAAGGAAAAAGUACUCUAUGAUAUGGUUACUAAAAUUUUAAUCCUGAUAUAAUUCAUUUCUCUUACAUUGAAUCCCCAAUCAUAAUUAAGCUGUAUACACAGAUUAAAUUAACAGAAGCAUUUCACAUAAAUGUUGGUUUCAGUCAUCAACUACCCAUGAAUUCCUGCCCAAGGAUACUUAAUCAGGAUUAAAUUUUCUAUGAAUAAUUGAAAAACAAAAUACUCACUGGAUUUGUUAUAAUCCGUGUUGGCACUGGAUUCUAAGUGGUUGCCAUCUUGAAUCCUUUGUAAUAAAGCCAUAUUUUUUGCGAAUGAUGCCCUGGUAUUGAGUAUACAAAUACUCUAUCAAGUGCCUGUUUAAAAAAUUGCUAAAUGGUUGUUGGUACUUGCAAUAUAAAAUGACUAUUCCCAUUAAGAGUCACUGAUCAGAAAUUAUUCUGUCUUGCAAGUCCUUCAGGCCUUUUCAUUUUUACCUCUGGCUUAUUUUAAAGAUUUUUUUUAAAAAAUCUACUUUCAAAGGUGUUACGUUUUUGAGCAAGAAAUAGUGCACUGAUCUGGUAAUUAACCGUUUUAAUUAAAUAGUUAAAGUAACAUAGCAGAACUUAAAAAAUAUCUAUGAUUUUGUCUUUGUUUUUCCUUUGCAUCUAGUCUCAUUGAAAGUGAAUAGUAUUCUGCUUCAUUUUAAAGGCAAAGUACAUGUGUUCGUGACUAGCAAAAUGGCAGAGUGACAAAGUUCAACCUGCUCAUUAAAUCAUCAACAGCUCUUUGUAAAUUAUUUAAUAAAUGAGAGCUACAGGUUGAGACUAGAAAGUCUACAGUAUAUUUUAGAUUUAUGUGAUCUUCUGAGUGGUCAUGACCUUUUCUUUUACCACAUCUCACUAAUAACCCCAGUUAUUGUCUGUUGUAUUCAACUGAAGUGCAGUUAAUUGAGCUGGAAAAAAAGACUGAAGCCUUUUCAAAAGUUUUGUUAACUUGCAACAAUGGGAAGAGAAUAAUCUUUGUGUUACCUACACAAAGAACAUGGAAACUGUAAUCAACAUGUAUGAAAUACAUUACUGUGCUUGCAUUUAUGAGGCUUGAGCAAUUUUUUUUACUUUUAUUUUUUAAUUUAUGGUUGAAUUUACUGAUAAUUUAUUUUAUUAUUCAAGAGCCAUUGUUAAAUGAAGGAAGACAGUUUGUUAAUAAAUGUAUAAAACAGCUGUGAAUAAAGUUUAGUAAUCUGAGUUCAGAAUUCAUAGUUCAUAAGUCAUGACAUGGUAUCCCCUGUUUUUUCUCUUCCUGAAUGUUUACAUGGAGAUUUGUUACCACAGAUUACAGAAAGAUAAGUGUAUACUGCAAACUCUAAUUAAAAAUCAGAAUUUUGCCACUUUU